CCUCCGCGAGCGCGCAUCAAUCACGGGACGGACGCGGCGGUCAGUCAUCACACGUUCGCGCGCGAACCGGGCAAAUCCUGACGUCAUCACAUCCGCGAAGUGCUCCGGAUCGCAGGUGUAUCCCAAACCGGUCGGUCUGUCCGCGGAUCGUAACCGGGAAUACGGCGCGACAUGGGAAUGACACGAGUCCUGAUCCUGCUGUACGCUGCUGUCGGUUUAUGCAGCUGCCGGUCUGUGUCGGUGUCUGGGGGCCCUUUGCUCCGGGUGGAGGGCCAGCCGCUGUCCAUCCGCUGUGAUGUGUCCGACUAUGAGGGCCCUAGAGAACAAUACUUUGAAUGGACUGUAACACGAGGAACAAAAACCAUCAACGUGAUCUCCACAUUCGACCCUGCAUUCUCAGACCGCUCUCUAGGAGACCGCAUAAAGAGUGGUGACAUUAGCAUAGCACGACUAGUGGACAAUGUAGUGGAACUGAGGAUUCAAGAGGCUCAAAUUAGCGACAGCGCCACCUAUCGAUGCAGUACUCCAAGCACAGACUCGGUGAUUAGCGGAAACUACGAAUCGUCUGUCCAGCUGCAAGUGGUUCCCAACACUCUCAUUGUGGCUCCGGAUCCUCCGACGCCUGUGGUUCCCGAAGGCGGAUCCAUCAGGCUCCAGUGCAGCGUCUCACGGAGCUUCAUCCCGGGCAUUUUUCUCUCCAUAACCUGGUCAGUGAAGAACCGCUCGUCUCUCCUGGAGGACCUGCUGACGUUCGGUCCGGAUAUGAGCGUGACGGUGGACGUCGGAUCCUCGCAGCGCUACACAGAUGGUGGGAUGCGCUUGGAGAUGGGAAAUGGAGUCUCGCACAGUCUGGUUCUCUCUGGAGCGACGCCGGCUGAUCAGGGCCUGUAUAUGUGCACUGCCAGUUUGUGGACCAGAGAGCAGGGGGUCUGGACCCGCAUCCAGGAGAAAAGCAUGGAGAUGGGGGACGUGAUGGUCACACCUGCAGUGAACUCUCUCUCGGUUCACGUUCAGAACGACUCCACAUUAUCCACUGGAGAUUCGCUGCUGCUCCUGUGUUCGGUGUCAGUCUCCGGUGCGUCUGCGGUAGAUCUGGACGUGACGUGGCUGCAGAACGACACGCAUGUUCUGGGACAUCUGAGUCGAGACGGCGUUCAGACCGACAGCAGCAGUAGCAGAGCAGUGGAUGUAAAGCGUUUGGGAAAGUGGGAUUAUCAGAUGAAGAUUCAGGAUGUGGAAACAUCUGAUGGAGGAUUGUAUACGUGCAAAGUGAGUGUGUGGAUUCAGCGUGACGCCGGGCGAUGGUAUAAGGCCGCAGAGAAGAUUUCUGACCCUGUACGAGUUCAUGUUAUUAAGCACAAUCCAGAGUACACUGCUAUUCUAAGCUCAACUGUGAAUGCAAAGUUCUCCGGUGACCCGACUGAGUUGGAAUGUAAAGUUAUGAACGUGUCGAACCUGCGCAGCGGCAGACUGGGAGUGUCGUGGCUCUAUAGAGACGUUCAGCCUGGUGGCGCUCUGGGAUCGACUCAAACCGUCGCUUCUUUGGAUGAAAACGGGACUCUUGUUCCAGGCAGGGCGUUUAAGAGCCGUGUGGAGGCGGGGCUUAUCACAGCCACUCGGGCUGAGCCUUCCACAUUUAAGCUCCGCCUCCUGCACACAACAGAUGCUGACGGUGGUGAAUAUAUGUGUGUUGUGACCGCAUGGAUCCCGUCUCCGCAUGGACACUGGAAAAAGGUGGCAGAGCAUCUGACGCCGGCGGCUAAAGUCAGCUUCGCUAACAAACGUCCUGUUCUCGGUGUUGUGGCUCGUCGUCUCCGUGAAGCCACAGCCGUAGGCUCCACGUUCGAGAUGAGCUGCCAGGCCAGUGUCCAGAACCUGCCAUCCGGAUCCGCGUUCUCCAUCUCCGUGCUGUCCGAGGAGGCGGUGGGGGCAUCCGGCCGCAGACGAGCUUCGCUGGACCCUGACCUGCUCCUGAAGCUGGAGGAUGUUGGCGAGCCAGCCCGGAGCCACGCCCUAACGCUGCUGAAGACAAAGAAGACUGAGUUUGAGUUUCGCAUUCCAGCGGUUCGGCUCAGCGACCGCGGCUUUUACUACUGCGAGAUGAAGGCCUGGACCAGGCAGAUCGGGGACGACUGGGUGGAGGUGGCCAAAGGACUGUCCAAUAAAGUCCAGAUCGCCUUCACACACAAAGGUCCCACGUUUGAUGUGUCCAUCAGCUCAGACGUGAGCACUGUUUUCCCCUGGGAAACGGCGAAGAUGGAGUGUGACGUCAGUGUCAGCGGCACGUCUCCAUCCGCAGAUGACGUGGCGUACGAGCUGAAGUGGUUUCUGAGUCGUCUGCGUGGCUCCAGCAGCCCGACUCUGUUAGCCAGCAUGGACCGCUGGGGCGUGGUGCGUAAAAGUCCUCGCAACGACAGCAGCGACUGCAGCCUGGAGCGUCUGGAGGCCCGAAGAUUCGCUCUGAGUGUCCACAACACGCAGGAUUCAGACGCCGGAGACUAUCACUGCACCGUCACGCCGUGGGUCCGCUCGUCCGACAGCGGCGUCUGGAGCAGAGCUGCUGAAAUCUCCUCACAGAGAGUCUUCCUCAACGUCAGGUUCGCAUUGUGGUCCUCCAUGAAGCUGCCGCUGCUGUACGGCAUCUGUGCUUCAGCAACUGUAGGUGUUGUUUCUCUCAUCCUGGGCCUGGUCUGCGCUCACUGCUGCUGUAAAACCACCACACCCGCUACUCCUCGCUCUCGCAAACUCAUGGAGCUGGAGAUGGAUUGACAAAGACAGUACAGUUGUCCCCUUCCGGCCUGGAAGCCUUGGUGACAACUGACGAACGCUGGGACCCGUCCCGUGACAAUAUGCACCACCUGAAAGGAGAAACGCACGAUGGCCGAGAGAGAUAAACAUGUUGCAAUUAAAGAGAACACACAUGCAAUUACUAAAAUCAGCAGCAAAUUAAGACAAGAUCCUCAUCGGUUUGACAGCGAACAGGUUGCAAAUCCUCACAAUGCAAACAUAAAAAAAACAUGCUGCAUUUUAAUCGAUGCUUUUAUUCACACACAGCAACAUGCAUUCAUUUAUUUAAAUGUAUGUAUCAUAACUUAUUUUUAAAGCUUUUUAAAAAUGUAUUUAUUAAUGUAUAAUG